ACCAGAGCGCUUUUUAACAACAGAAAGGGAGCGAAUUGAGGAAUUGAGGCUGGUUUCCUUGCGGGAUUAAUCUUUUUUUUCUGACCUAUAACGCCUCUAUCUAUAGGCUGCCAUCCACCGGGCAGCACGCACUGCUGUCCGGAGCCUCUCCUUUGAGGGAGACCGACGCGGAGACAAGAGAGAGGUCAAGACAAAGUCACUUCUGUGGCUUAAAAGGGGGGAACGAUCGUUUGCAAAGCUCCUCUGAUUCUGUAGUUUAUUUUCCAUUUGUACUCUUAUUCUUCAAUGUCUUACCUUGAGGCGGAUAAUCACCUUUAAGUGCAGAAGAUUAUUAUCCUGUAACCAAAUGCAAAGAGCAGUGGAUGAGUGAGAUGUGAUGUUGGUGCAGGAAGGACAGCUGCUUGAAUGGAAUGGGGGAGCAAAGAGCAUCUAUAGGGGAGCUUAGACCGGCUGAGUAGCCCCAAAAAACGACGACCGUGCCCGGUUUCACGGAGACGUUUUCCUCACUCUCACUAUUCAUUGCUCUGCACACUGCAUCCCAACGAUAUUAGCCCCCCAUCGGUUGGGUGUUUUUCCUUUAAAUGACCGAUUGACGGAGUCUUAACGCGGGGAGCUCAUGUGGAGACCAAAUGAGUGCGCAACGCGGCGGUGCGCCGGUUUAGCGGCGUUUUUUCCACGCUCACAGUUCCAUCUCAGUGGAUCAGCGGCGGGCACCGGAUUGCUGUAGGUUAUCGGCUUGCCACCGGUCGCGCACUCGCACCGGGCUUUUAAUGCAAACUCAACGGGAACUAAAUUGAAACGCCUGGCUUGCCCCAGCACCACUCCAGGAAGCCCGCAGCAGCGCGACCAGCGUUGCGCGGUGCAAGACCCCCCGAAAAAGUGGAUAUGAUUUGUUAUUUGGUUUAAGAAAGAUAUCUAACCAGGUGGAGGAUUAUUUAACACGUUGUUUGCUGAGUGGAGUUCUUCACCUAACAAGAGGGGGAGAUAACCAGAGGAGAAACCGCCUCUACCUUACCGGAGAGGAGGAGAGGGAGACGCGCAGGUCUUUGGAUCCAUCUCCCUGCACCAUCUUUUCUCUUUUCUGUCCAUCUACCAGUCGCCACAAUGUUUCUUCAUGUUGAGUCUUAAUAAAUCACAGCACGCCACAUAGAGUUGCCCUGUUCCCAGUGGAGGAUAAUGGAACGGCUGUGGUUCUCUCUGCUGUUGCUGGCAGCAGCAUGCAGGGGACAGCCGUGUCCGAAACGCUGUAUGUGCCAGAGCCUUUCGCCAUCGCUCGCUAUCCUCUGCUCCAAGACAGGCUUGCUGUUUGUUCCUGCUGCCAUUGACCGGCGCACCGUGGAGCUACGGCUCCAAGAGAACUUCAUUACAGCUGUCCGACGAAAGGACUUUGCCAACAUGACCAGCCUGCUCCAUCUGACCCUGUCCCGAAACACCAUCAGUCAGAUUCUCCCGUCAGCCUUCAGUGACCUGCGGCGACUGAGAGCACUCCACCUAGACUCUAAUAGAUUAACUGUGAUCAAGGAUGAACAUUUCAAAGGCCUGACCAACCUUCGUCACCUGAUCCUUGCCAAUAACCAGCUCCACUCCAUAUCUCCCCAUGCCUUUGAUGACUUCCUGUCCACACUGGAGGAUCUGGACCUUAGCUACAACAACCUUGCCCAGGCGCCCUGGGACACGAUCGGGCGCCUUACCAAUGUCAACACCCUAAAUAUGGAUCAUAACCUUAUAGAAAAUGUUCCCCAAGGGGUAUUCACUAACCUACACAAGUUGGCCAGGCUAGACAUGACGUCCAACAAGCUGAAGAAAAUUCCCCCGGACCCGUUGUUCCUGAGAAUCCCAGUUUAUGCCAAGUCCAAAGGCUCCCCCCUCUCCUCCCUGGUGUUGAGUUUUGGUGGCAACCCCCUUCACUGUAACUGUGAACUUCUGUGGUUGAGAAGACUAACCAGAGAAGAUGACCUCGAGACAUGCGCCUCUCCCCCUGACCUCAGUGCCAAGUACUUCUGGACAAUACCUGAAGAGGAGUUUAUUUGUGACCCACCAGUUCUGACCCGUAAGUCCCCUCACACAGUGGCUAUGGAAGGCCAACCUGCCAGCCUGAAGUGCAAAGCAAAUGGCGACCCAGAGCCUGAAGUCCACUGGAUAAGCCCUGAAGGUCGACUUAUUUCUAAUGGCUCCAGAACUUUGGUUUUCCCUAAUGGCAGCCUGGAGAUCAAUGUGACAUCCCUGAAAGAUUCAGGGAACUUCACCUGCAUUGCCUCCAACGCUGCAGGUGAAUCCACAGGAAGGGUGGAGCUGGUCGUUACGGCGAUGCCCCAUCUGGCGAACAGCACGAGCCGCAGCCGAGACCCGUCCUCUGAACCCGCCCCCUCUGACAUCCUAACCUCUUCUAAGGUUGCGCUACCUAAUAACGAGACAAGAGGGGCAGAUCGGAGGGUCUCGUUGGUGGAACUGACGGGAAACUCUGCCCUCAUUAGAUGGAGCAGUCAAACUCCUACAACUGGAGUCAGGAUGUUCCAGGUCCAGUACAACAGCUCUGGGGAUGACACGCUGGUUUACAGGAUGAUUCCAUCCAGCAGUAAUGACUUCCUAGUGCGAGACCUCGCCGCUGGACGCAACUACGAUCUCUGCGUCCUGGCUGUGUUCGAUGAUGUCAUCACAUCACUGACUGCAACGCGUCCAUUGGGCUGUCUGUCGUUCACCACGGACACGGAGUUCAGCCAGUGUCAGGCGCUGCACAGCCACUUCCUGGGUGGCACUAUGAUCAUCAUCAUAGGAGGGAUUAUUGUUGCUUCCGUGCUGGUUUUUAUUAUCAUCUUAAUGAUACGAUACAAGGUUUACAGCCACCAAGGGUCAGGCCACGGAAAAGCAGCCAUCGCGGCAACAACGCCAAGACCGCAGAGCAACGGACAGGGAGGAGGCGGCCAGGUCCAAGUCCUCCCUCGCUCUGCUUCAAAAAUGCCCGACAGUCAGGACGACCAAGCACUAGCGUCGUCCAGGGCCAUGUCACCUAGCAACACUCUGAGAGACACUGUGGCAUUGGUCGAGGAGGCAAGUGGACGGAGCAUAAUGACAAGGACUGACUCCUUGGCCAAUGAGGAGUUGCUCUCGCCCACCAAGGCCCGCUUCUCCUCCAGGGUCGCCAUUGAGAUGAAAAGCAGGCCGCCAUCUGUUGCCAAAGAGCCCGUCUCCCCCAAGGAACUGGCAGAACCCUGAUGAUGUUGUUCUGAGUGGCAGUUGUGGAGAACGUCACCACCAGGGAGAAGCUGGUGAAAACUGAAGAAAAAAAGCCCUAUAGCUCCUCUCCCGUAUCUCCUGUUUACUGUAUCCAUUACUUUGUUUCCAUGAGUAUCAUGGGGUUAUAGACCUGUACUGUCUGGUUUACUUUUAACUGCUAAUCUUGGUUCUCAUGUCUGGAUUGGACGACCGUUGCAAGGCCAGUUGCUGCAGAAUCCUGUUGUCGGUGUGAUCAUCUUCAGUCGCUUUGGAACACUUUGGCACUAACUGAAUGCUGAAUUUUCCACUUUUACGCAUCUGUAUCAGUGUGGAAGUGGAUACAAUGGGCCUAGAUAAUUUAAAAAGUAAGCAUAAAGAGGCAUGUGAAUGUGUCUCAGAAUAUAUGAAUGAACUUCUCACCAUCUGGAGCCGCAUCAACACGCACGGACAGAUACCGAGUGGAUGGAAAAAAAAAACUGAAAACUGAAUGGCUGAACUGUAAGAUGCAUAGAUAAUCACACUCAACAUGGAUAUACAACAUGAUAGACUGCACAAACAGAAAGGGAAUAAAAUCACAAAGGGAAAAAAUGUCUGGAUGGGUCUGGUUUUGGAUACGAACAUAUGUUAUACACUCGAAUAAUAAUGGCUCAGUCUUUCUGCAACUGAACUGGAUGGCUCUGAGUGGCUCCAAUCUAUUAAUCCAGCUGGAAUAAUGUGAUUCUGCUAAACUGAAUUUAACUGGGCUGAUCCUGGAGCAAGAGCUGGAUCUUAACCUUUGACUGGAUCCUGUUAACUCUCAGACAGAGGUCUGUUUUUGGAAAGCAUACCAUUAUGUAACGUGAAUUGAAGUGGACCCAAACCUGGACCUAGUGGAGCCUGAACUGGAAUUGCACACUGCUAAAGGACUCUAACUGUGACCUGAUGCAGGCCAAACAAGACUAGAUUAGACAGGCCUGUUAACUAUUGGUGCAGUCUGUGUAUUCUCCUGCUCUUGUCUGAUAUCUACUGAUUUCCACUGGAUGGGACUGGUGAGGACCUCGUGGACCUUUACCAGCCUUUCUAACACCUCCCCAGGCCCACUUACGCAGACCCGGUCACCAGGAGGAAAGUCACAUGAAUGGAGGCAAGAAGGAAACAGAUGAACAGAUAAGACAUAAAAAAAAAUAAUAAAGGAGCGGGGUAUCAGCUAGCUAAAUCACAACCUUCAUCCUCAUCAUCAUCACCAUCACUGAACAAGUAUAAAGGUUCUACAUUGAAAAUAUUUUAAUGUGAAGAAAAAUGCUGUACGACUGUAAACGACUGCACCACGUGCAUUGACGUCAUGGUUGUAGUCAUCCAGGCCCUCUGCACAUCUUCAUUAUCACAUCAUCAUUAUCACUGUGGAGUGUGUUUACGUG